AUGUCGUUAUUAGACAACAAGGAGGCCUUGGACCAGCUACAGACCGAGGCCCGAAACCCGGUGGCGCACCGGAUUGACUUUCUCGAUACAUUAGGGCUAUGUGAAGCCUUCAACCGCGAAGAAGAAUGCGUGUCAAAAGCUAUUGCGUGCUGUCUGCCUGAGAUAAGUUCAUUGAUAGAUGAUCUUGUUCCGCGACUCCAAGCCGGUGGUAGGCUCAUCUACGUUGGAGCCGGCAAUAGUGGCCGGGUAGGUUUCAUGGACUGCAGUGAACUACCAGUAACAUUUUCAGCGGACCCAAAACAGUUUUUGACCGUCGUUGCAGGGGGUGCAAAUGCGAUUAUACAUGCCCAGGAGGGUGCCGAAGAUUCACAAGUUGAUGGUGUUACUCAAUUGCAGGCUCUUCAAUUGACAUUGAAAGACACAGUCAUAGGAAUUUCUGCAUCAGGAAGGACGCCAUUUGUUGUUGGUGCGCUUAAAGUAGCCAUAGAAAGCAAUUGCCUCACUGCUGCUAUUACCAAUACCCGACCAUCCAAACUCGAUUCGCUAAGCCCGACAUACAGCAUAUGUGCGCUGACAGGCCCGGAGUUUCUAGCUGGAAGCACGAGACUCAAAGCUGGGAGCGCCGCUAAGCAAAUUCUCAACAUGAUUAGCACGUGCUCCAUGAUAAAACUAAAUAAAACCUAUAAAGGUCUUAUGAUUGAUGUUCGAGUCAAGAAUCACAAACUCAAGGCUCGUGGGAGAAGAAUUGUGCGCCAAGUGUGUGACGGGGCUCCAAUGUAUACUAUAAAUCAACAUGGGACCAUUUCACUAGAGGCCACGCAUAUUCCAGAAACAGAGUCUGGAGAUUAUAUACUCGAUUGUCAUAUUGAGCAGUGUGAAGGAAGCAUUAAACUAGCUUGUGCUGUGGCCAUUUCUGGUUUGGUGCCAGAUGUCGCAAAGCAGAGUUUGAAGUCAGUGAACGGCAACUUCCAAAACUUUGUGGAAAAUUUGGGCCGUCAACCAUCUGAAUCUUUAGCGGCUCCCAAAAUGAGUGAAUAUUUUCUUUGCGUGGAUGGAGGUGGCACCAAAUGCUCGGUGUCUAUAGCGACGAGAUCCGGCCUGGUAGGUAGAGGCACGGCAGGUGCUUGCAACUUCAAUUGCGUCAAACUGGACGACAUUAUGAGACAAAUCACAUUGGCAUUCAAUGAAGCAAUAUCACAUCUUCCAGCCGUGGAACAAGAUGGCUUCAGGCGCAUGCCCAAAUUAGCCCGGGUCUGGGUCGGAAUGGCAGGUAUAUACCACACUAGCCACAGUGAUCUCGAACCGCUCAUCCAAAAAUUGGAAGAAUUGUUCAAUAUUUCCUACCAGAGCGAGGCACUUAAGCUAACAAGCGACGACAUACUUCUAAGCUCAGCAAUUUCCAGUGAGGACUCGAUUGAAAGUGGUAUUUCAGUCAUCGCUGGAACGGGAUCCGUGGCCACAGCAUUCAGAAAAGGAGAAAACGGGGAAAUAAUUCAACUGGGCCGCACUGGUGGCUGGGGUUAUAUUCUGGGUGAUUAUGGAAGUGCAUUUGAUAUUGGUAAAAAAGCACUUCAAACUACAUUGGCAAGUGUAGAGCAUAAGCAAUUUGACGAGACUCGCACUCUUACCGAACUGGAAGCGCGGAUACUGGCCAAGCUCGACUGUAAAGCAGACGAUGUGCUUUCCAGACUGUUCGACCCAGCAAGUCCACAGAAACAGAAACAUAGAAUCAGCGGUCUCGCAAAAGAUGUCACAGCUCUAGGGUUCAGAGAAGUAAACCCCGACGCGCAGUCACUGAUUAUCUUGCAAUCUAGCGCCAGAUCCCUGGUCCAAAUGGUCCAGCCUCUGGCAGCGAAGCAUUUAUGUAAUCCCAAGACGAGCGCACUUGUUUUAUCUGGAGCUUUGAUGAACGUCCCGGGUUAUCAGAACCUAUUUCUAGCAGAGUGGGCAAAAGUUGGUAUGACCUCAUUUAAGAAAGUAGUAGUCGUCAAAGAUGCAUCUAACUAUGCAGCACAAGUACUUGCAAGGCAGAAACAUUGA